UUCAGCUAGAAACUGAACUCGAGACUGAAACUCGCCGCCCUAACUCGGGCUUCGGUACGAGUGAGAAUGUUUUAUAUUUACCUCAACACGUUUCCGCACAAACUGGAUUUAGUCGUUUAAUUUAUAGAAUACAACUUGUGUGAAUCACAUUUGCCUCUGUGUUUAGUUAUGGUCGGUUCUUAAUUUUGCGAAAAAGGUGCAUCAUACCUGGACACCGAUUCAUGAAGAAAUACAGAUCUAAAAGUUCAUCGGAAGCUGGCUGGCAAGUGGAGGGGUGGCAGACAUGAGUGAAGCUGAGGACGAGAGCAGAAGCAGCAGCUUGCGAAGGAAGAAACCCCCCUGGCUUAGACUGGACAUCCCCAGCAACCUGAACACGGUGGAAGAACACAGUAACUUUCUCCAGCCCGUCAUGCGUAACAGCUUGUAUCUGCGUAGUGCCAGUGUACCCACUGAAAAUAUGCAGCUCAGAUGCCCGCCGGGUGACCCCAAUGCCUACCGCAGACCCUCGGUCCUGCGCAAACCCUCCAUCUCUCAAACCAUCAAGAGGGGCACAGCAGACUGGUUUGGGAUCAGCAAUGAUUCGGAUGCCACACAGAAAUGGCAGCGGAAGAGCCUGCGGCACUGCACCCUGCGCUACGGCAAGCUGAAGCCUCAGGUGAUCCGAGAUAUGGAUCUUCCCAGCCAAGACAAUCUUUCCAUGACCAGUACGGAGACGCCUCCUCCUCUAUACAUCCCCCCAGCACAGCAUGGCAUGCAGAGGAUCGUGGACCCGCUGGCUCGAGGUCGAGCGUUCCGUAACAUAGAUGAAGUGGACGGCUUUAGUAUACCUCAGACCCCCAUCACCCCGUGCGCCGUCUCCCUCUGCUCCUUAACCAGCUCCCGCUCUGGUUUCAAUCGACCUCCCCGGAGACGCAAGCGUGAGUCCGUCGCCAAGAUGGGCUUCAGAGCGGCCGCAGCUUUGGUGAAGGGGCGCUCUUUGCGUGAAGGUACCGUUCGACGAGUCCACCGGCGCAGCUUUGCCACAGCCAGUUUCUUGGAUGAGGAUACUGUGGAUUUCCCAGAUGAACUGGACACCUCCUUCUUUGCCAAGGAUGGGCUUCCACAUGAAGAGUUGUCCACGUACGCCGACGAGGUGUUCGAAUUGUCCUCUGAAGCUGCUGUUAAAGAAACUGAUGGCACCACAGUGGCAGAUGAGAGAGAUCUGACAGGAAGUGCCCUGGAUAAGACAGAACUAGAGAGGAGCCACCUGAUGCUACCUCUUGAGCGGGGUUGGCGUAAGGGAAAGGAUGGCACUGUGGUUCAGCCUAAAGUGCGCUUACGACAGGAGGUUGUAAGUGUUAGCGGGCAGCGGCGUGGGCAGCGUAUAACCGUACCCGUUAAAAAGCUUUUCGCCAAGGAGAAGCGGCCUUACGGGCUCGGCAUGGUGGGCCGGCUGACUAACCGCACAUACCGCAAACGCAUCGACAGCUAUGUGAAGAGACAAAUAGAAGAUAUGAAUGACCACAGGCCUUUCUUUACUUACUGGAUCACCUUUGUCCAUUUGCUGAUUACCAUCUUGGCAGUUUGCAUCUAUGGCAUCGCUCCUAUAGGCUUUUCACAACACGAGGCAGUCGAUUCGGUAUUACGAAAUAAAGGAGUUUACGAAAGCGUCAAAUUUGUGCAGCAGGAAAACUUCUGGGUUGGACCGAGCUCGGAGGCGCUCAUUCACCUUGGGGCCAAGUUCUCACCCUGUAUGCGUCAGGAUCAGGAGGUGCACGAGCUCAUUCAGCAUAAAAGGCAGAACGAGCGUCAUUCGGCUUGCUGCGUUCGCAAUGACAAAUCAGGCUGCUUGCAGACCUUGCAGGAGGAGUGCUCAAGCACACUUGCAUUAUGGGUAAAGUGGCCUCAGCAUCCAAGUGCUCCACAUCUUGAAGGGAAACUGCGUCAGUAUGGCUCUGUGUGCCAUCAAGAUCCCAGGAUUUGUUUGGAGCCCGCCUCUGUUAGUCCACAUGAGUGGCCUGAUGACAUCACCAAGUGGCCAGUAUGCACCAGGUACAGCACAGGGAAUCACACGAACCUGCCACAUAUUGACUGUGUCAUCACUGGAAGACCCUGCUGCAUUGGAACCAAAGGACGGUGUGAAAUUACAUCAAGAGAGUACUGUAACUUUAUGAAAGGGUACUUCCAUGAAGAGGCCACACUCUGUUCCCAGGUUCAUUGCAUGGAUGAUGUGUGCGGCCUCCUGCCUUUCCUAAACCCAGAGAUCCCAGAUCAGUUUUAUCGGCUGUGGCUCUCUCUCUUCUUGCACGCUGGGAUCCUGCACUGUCUGGUGUCUGUGUGCUUCCAAAUGACCAUUCUGAGGGAUUUGGAGAAGCUAGCAGGCUGGCUGAGAAUCUCCAUCAUCUACAUCCUCAGUGGGAUUACAGGCAACCUCGCCAGUGCCAUCUUUCUGCCAUACAGAGCUGAGGUGGGUCCAGCAGGUUCUCAGUUUGGCAUCUUGGCCUGUCUGUUCGUGGAGCUGUUUCAGAGCUGGCAGAUCCUCGCACGACCGUGGAGAGCCUUCGCCAAGCUCUCAUGCGUGGUGCUCUUCCUCUUCACCUUUGGCCUGCUUCCCUGGAUCGAUAAUUUCGCCCACAUCUGUGGAUUCGUCUCGGGCUUCUUCCUCUCAUUCGCCUUCCUGCCCUACAUCAGCUUCGGACGCGAGGACAAGUAUCGCAAACGUGUGCAGAUCCUCGUUGCCCUCACGCUUUUCUUGGGCAUAUUCUCCGGCUUCGUCGUGCUUUUCUACGUUUACCCUAUCAAGUGCGAGUGGUGCGAGCUCCUCACCUGCAUUCCAUUGACGGACAAGUUUUGUGAGAAGUACGACCUCAAUGCUCACCUCCACUGAGGACUGGCUGCAAUGGAGGGCAGUGGGACGCCACAUUGAACUUUUUGCAAACGGACAAUCUUCACUAGUCUGAAACGCUUUAAGUACUUCAUACAGAAGAUUUUAUUGUUUUAAAGGUGUCAUUAUCAAAAAAAGGAAGAGCCCUCCCCAGGAGGGAAGGAUGAUAGUUAUUCCAACAGUGCCUUCUUAGUACCACCUACUGCCAUAUCUAUUGGACUGGAGCACUUUUAAGACCUGUAUGUGUAUAGGGCUACAUUGUUGUUUAAUACUCGGUAGUGUUUUAGCUACCUGCUCACAUGUAAAAGAGAAUACAAUGUGAACAAAUGACUAA